UUUUAGCUCCCGAUCUCAACUAGAAUUCCAGCCUUUUACCAACUUUGUAAGUUGAACAACCACCGUCAACAUGAGAGAAAUCGUUCAUAUGCAGACUGGUCAAUGUGGCAACCAAAUCGGUGCCAAGUUUUGGGAGGUGAUCUCUGAUGAACAUGGUAUUGACCCAACAGGAACUUACCACGGUGAUUCUGAUCUUCAGUUGGAGAGAAUCAACGUUUAUUAUAAUGAAGCUACCGGUGGUAAAUAUGUACCAAGAGCAGUUCUCGUCGAUUUGGAACCUGGUACUAUGGAUUCUGUAAGAUCGGGACCAUUUGGUCAGAUCUUCAGACCAGAUAACUUUGUCUUUGGACAAUCUGGUGCCGGUAAUAACUGGGCUAAAGGUCAUUACACUGAGGGAGCUGAAUUAGUGGAUUCCGUCCUUGAUGUUGUCCGAAAGGAAGCUGAAAGUUGUGACUGCCUCCAAGGAUUCCAGUUGACCCAUUCUCUUGGCGGUGGAACUGGUUCUGGUAUGGGAACUCUCCUCAUCAGUAAAAUCCGUGAAGAAUAUCCAGAUAGAAUUAUGAACACCUUCUCUGUCUGUCCUUCACCAAAGGUAUCUGAUACUGUUGUGGAGCCUUACAAUGCCACCCUUUCAGUUCAUCAACUGGUAGAAAAUACAGACGAGACUUACUGUAUUGAUAACGAAGCUUUGUAUGAUAUCUGCUUCCGUACUCUCAAGCUGACAACACCUACAUAUGGUGACCUUAACCAUCUGGUAUCAGCCACCAUGUCUGGAGUGACCACCUGUCUCCGAUUCCCUGGUCAACUCAACUCGGACUUGAGGAAGUUGGCUGUCAACAUGGUACCGUUCCCACGUCUCCAUUUCUUUAUGCCUGGUUUUGCCCCUCUUACAUCAAGAGGAUCUCAACAAUACAGAGCUUUGACUGUUCCUGAACUCACUCAACAGAUGUUCGAUGCCAAGAACAUGAUGGCUGCCUGUGAUCCUCGUCAUGGUCGUUAUUUGACAGUAGCUGCAAUGUUCAGAGGUCGUAUGUCCAUGAAGGAGGUGGAUGAACAAAUGUUGAACGUACAAAAUAAGAACAGCAGCUACUUUGUUGAAUGGAUUCCGAACAAUGUUAAAACUGCUGUUUGCGAUAUUCCACCAAGAGGUCUGAAGAUGUCAGGAACAUUUAUUGGUAACACCACUGCCAUUCAGGAACUGUUUAAGAGAAUCUCAGAACAAUUUACAGCUAUGUUCAGACGAAAGGCUUUCCUCCAUUGGUAUACUGGUGAAGGUAUGGAUGAGAUGGAAUUUACUGAAGCUGAAUCCAACAUGAAUGAUCUAGUAUCUGAAUAUCAACAGUACCAGGAUGCUACAGCUGAAGAGGAGGGAGAAUUUGACGAAGAAGAAGGAGAAGGCGAUCAAGAGUAGAACUUAAAAUUAUUUUAUAAAAGUAUUUAAUUAUAUUUAUUUGGUGAAAGGGAUACAGUCGUCUAGAUAUAUUUCCUACCAGUUUAUAGAGCUCUUCCAUGGCAUAUCAGUAAUUUAGGCAUGGCGGAAUGUAAUGCUCGGUAAACGGGGGUUCUGAAGGGCUAGCUGAUUGGAGCUCUCUAUCAGUAUGUGGACAUGUAUGUCGACGACGAUAUCUCUUAAACCAUAGUAAAUUGUUGUAAAUUUUAAAGAAUGGCUGAAAUUGGUUGCAUUAAAGACAAACUUGAAAAUGAAAUUAAACCUGAACGUUGUGUGAUCACUUCCACAAAUUAUUUCGUUCAUACACAUUGGAGGGAAGAAUACCCCCAACCUUAAGGUUUUGACCUAUCGGUCUUGCAGAUCGACAUAAGGUUUAAGGCUCUAAACAGAGGACAAAAAGUUUGAAGCAUUGGCGGCGUUCAACAUCCAAUUGCAGAAGCGCUAUGGAGGGCUAUUGGAGCCAGCCUUGCAUUGAGGGUCUAUUUUAGGUUAAAAACACAUUAUAUAUAUCUUGGAAAAUUUUCAGAAAUGAUUUUUGUGCAAUAUAAACGAUAUUUCUUGGGCACAAAAAGCUGGUAGUGUACUCUCUAGUAUUCUAUACUAGUAAAUGAAUUAUGUAGAAAUGAUGCGAUUAUAUUAUUUAUUACU